AUUUAUUUUUUGUUCUGUAUUAUUCCUGUUGCGUUUAUUUAUUAAUUUGUUUUGUUCUCAAUUAUUUUUGUUGCGUUAUUUAUUUUUUUGAAUUUGCGCAUUGACGAAAGUGUUUAAGAAAUUCGAUUAGGAGGAUUCUGCUUAAUCUCACUAUGUCAAAUUUCUAUUUUUAUGUUUAAUAAACUGCUUUUUGUGUUUUGCGAGUGUGUGUGAGCACUUUAGUUAUACAUAACUACUAUUCAAUCCCUGAGUACAAGUUCACGCUGCUUCAGUAUCAGUUUGUCAGACGCAAAAAAUGGGUUUAAACGAACUUCGCGAGAAAUAUUUUUGGCGAGCUGUUUUCGUCGAAUUUUUUGCCACCGCUUUGUUCAUAUAUCUUGUUACCACUGUGUUGAUUAAUUUAAAUCCAACGACAACCGGUGGUGCUACUAUUGUACAAAUUUCAUUCGCCAUUGGAUUGGCUAUAUCUGUUUUCAUUCAAGUGUUUGGACCAAUCAGUGGAGCGCAUAUCAAUCCAGCAGUUACUAUUGGUGUUCUUAUUAAUGGCGGAUGUAGUAUUUUUAAGGCUGUCUUUUAUACUCUUGCACAGCUUAUUGGAGCCAUUGUUGGAUCAGCUAUAACGUAUGGACUGACACCAGAGAAACGACGAGGUGGGCUUGGAAACCUCUCUAUUUCUCCAGAUAUAACGGAAACACAAGGAUUGUUUGUUGAGCUUAUUUUAACUAUGGUACUUGUAUUCACCGUGUUAGCAUCUACGUCAUCAGAUCACAACCGAAAAGAUUUUGGUUACGCAAAUGGUUUAGCUAUUGGAAUCUCCAUCACAGUGGCUCACUUAGUCGGGAUCCCAUACACAGGCAGCGGUAUCAACCCAGCACGAGCAUUUGGACCUGCUGUUGUUGCUGACCAAUGGGAGGAAUAUCACUGGAUUUAUUGGGUGGGACCAUACAUUGGAGGUGCAUUAGCUGCUGUGAUGUACAGGUUUAUCUUCAGUUGGGAAAAGAAGAAACCGACACAUGAGAUUCCCGCCACGAAUGGCAACGAUCAUGGAACAUUUACAGUGACCACCCAAUAAGUAUUGUGUCAUGCAGGAAUGAAAAAAAGUGUACACAAAAUGUGUAAAAAUUUAAGAUAUAACAAACUUAAUAUAUUUAAGAUUCUGAUGCUCGAUGUGAUUAGAAGAUCGAACUUGUAGCAAAAUGUAAUGCUUGUUAAUUAAUUGCUUUGUAUUUUGUAAUAAUAUGUACUGUCGUA